UUGAUAAACUCUUAUGGGAAAAUUCUGACCAGUGUUUUAACGCCAUCUAAAAGAUAGCCCCCAGGAAAUAUGAACUACGAUGCCAAAAAUUCAAUAUGGCGUCUGUUAUAAGACUGGUGCGUGUAUAUGUUACUUAUGUUCGCUGAACGCAGCCAACUAUAUUUCUACAAUAAAUAUUUGAACGUUGUUUAACACUUCUUGUAAUUAAAGGAAUUUUUUUGUGUGUGGUCAUCGUCGCUCGCUCCAAACUACCAUAUAUACGGUGAAGCGUACGUUGCGUCAUAGAUUUUAAAAGAACGUCCCUCUAAGAUAUUUGAGCAUAGAUAUGGGGAGGACAUGUUGUGUUCCUGGAUGCAAGUCUGGGAAAGAAGUGCCUUCACAUCGAUUUCCCAAAGAUCCUGAAAGAUGCUCAAAAUGGGUACAAAGUUUGAAACUGAAACAUUUAGAAAAUUAUCCAAGCAAUGAGAUACAAAAAAAUAAAGUGUGCCAUAAACAUUUUCGUCCAGAAGACUAUAGUCCAUGUUUGCAUAAACGUGUUUUAUUAAAUGUUGCGGUUCCUGUAUUGUUUAUACAUAAUAGUAUAGAUGCGGAAUCUAACAAGAUGCAUAUAUCGCAGCAACAGCAAUCAAUAAUUGAUAUAUCAGAAUAUGCACAACAUAGUCAAGAUCCACAAUGUGCAAAUAAUAAAUACAUAUCUGUAGAAGAAAAUGAAAAGUUAAUGGAUUGCAGCAAUACACAUGAAAAAGCUUGUGAAAGCUCAGUAUCUGAACAAGAUAAAAUAACUUCUGUUCUUUAUAAUUAUGGAAACAGACUGCAAACAUUAAAAAUGCAAAUGCAAAGUAUACAAAAUACAAUAAAAAAACGACCUCAGCUACAGGAAAUCACUCAAUCUAAAAAUUUAAGCCCCAUAUGUAGGAGAUUUUAUGAUAUGAAUAUUAAACUUAAACGUCGCAAUAGAUAUUUAAAGCGCUUAAUAUAUAAUAAUAAGCAGCAGAAAAAAAGAAGAACAGUACCUAUUGUAUCCAGUACUUCAGAUCCAAGAAAUAGUAUUACAGCUGUACGAGAUAAUUUCGUCCGAAUGAUCUUAAAAAAUAAUGAUGUACUUCCCCAGGUACUUAGCACUUAGUGUCACAGAAAAAAAAUAUUCUUAUAUUUUAA